CGGUGCCACACAAGCAUCUCGCGAGAGGGAGAGACCAUAGGCGUCGCGGCGGUGUGGACGCCGCCCGUCACCCGGUGCUCUCCUAUCGUCAUCAUCAUCUCUCUCUCAUCCGUCGUCAAAAAAAGAAAAAUUCGUCACGUCCUCUCGUUCGUCGUCUCUUUUUUUUUUGCCGAAACAAAAAAAAAUUUUCGGUUCACGUAAUCAUCGAGUGUCCGUCCCUCGAAAUAAGCAAGAAAACGAAAAAUCUCGAGGUACUUUUGCGGGAAUUGUCAGUGUGUGUCACUUGACAGGGGUGCGUGUGUCAACAAAACAAAAAAUGACUUCGAAAAACUAGAAAUCGAAAAAGAAGUUCUUCUAAAUAUUCUAGAAGAAGAAAAUCUCGAGGAGAAUAGAAAGGUCAGAUCGAUAGGCUCAACGAACUCGGGGUGCGGCUAAUCCCGGCAUGUCUGGGGCCCCGAUCACCAUGGGACCAUCAGGAGGUUCAAGAAAAUCGGCGGAGAUUUCAAUAAAUCCGCGAAAUCUUCCUAAUACAAUGACACCAGCCGUAUACCUUGGGGAUAAUGAACUUGUGCGCUCCAAUCCGGUCACCUAUCAUCCACAGGUUUUUUCCUUGAAGGUGGAUGUGUCGACACAGGUCGACCUCCAUGGUGGAUCCGUCCACAUGGAUUGGGAUCGUCGUGCAACGCCACUCUAUUCAAGGGAGGACAUUAAGGAACAAUAUUGCAUUACAAGUAGACAAUUGGACGCUGUCGAAAGAUCUGGAGGGGGAAUAUUUGGGUGCCUUACCAAUAGAGGACCAUCGCCAUGCAGUUCAACAAAGGCAUCAAUUUUAUCAGCCUGCGUUCGAAGUGCUCCAAGUGAAGAGAAUCUUUGCGAUGCUCCAUAUCCUCGGAAACCAUUGCAAAUAAUGUACGAACAGCCUUAUUCAACCUAUCCACGUGGUUUAAAUCGUUACAGAUCAGAGGAUGACGAUUUAAUUGAGAGCUCCUAUUUUCGUCGUAGGCCAACCUCCUUCUGCACUGUUCCUGAUCCUAAAAGAUACACUUGGGAUACGGAGGAUGAGGAUUUGACGAAAUUGGAAGGACCGAGACCUGUCAUAUCGCCAAUUCCACCCUCAAUGCAAACCUCAUCAUUGACAAAAACAAAGCACGUUAGCUUUGCGAGGUCACACACGUUAACGGAAAUGCCCAGCACUCGAAGUCCCCCAAGACCUCACAAUCAAGAACGACUCAUUGACUCUCAACCAACCAUGCAAGGAUCUGUAUGCUCCACGUUGCCCACAGCACAUUCCUAUCCAAUGGCCGAGCCUCGAAUACUUGUUCUCGAAAAACAGCCAAAACGAGGAGCAAUGAAAGCGCAAGCAACGCAAACUGAUGUUCCUACGGGUUUUCGGCGAAUUCCACCGGUGACAUUGAGCCCAAGGACAAUUCAUCGUGUUAAAAUGGUGUCGCAAGGAGCGCAAACCAAUGGCAUUUGUAAUGGAAGAAAACUCACUAAGAGCUAUUCAGAAGCCGGUCAUUUUGGUUCGCCAUUGGGUCAUAUGAAAGAGGAGGGGGAUCAUGAACCUCUUCAGAGGACACAAAGCGAAGAACCACCAAGAUCACCAUUCAUGGUCGACACCCCACCUCACUCACCUCAAACCAUUAAGGAACAAUUUCAAAACGGCGACAUCAGCAAAGGUCAUUUUGAUUUGGACGAUCAGGAGAUUUUGAUUGACUUCAAACCGGCGCCAGUGUCGCCCGACGCUAGGGCAAUGUUGGACCGGAUAUCGAAACCAAUUCGUCGAUUUAUACCACUUCAGAAAACAUUAUCGGAUGGGGAAAUAAGAGUGGAAAGGAGGGAAUUAAUUGGCGAAACUGGUGAGCCAAGUUAUCCGCACACAUGUCGAAGAAAUCAUGAGGAUCCCUGGAAUCGAAAUAUUCGCGCUCAUGUCCAAUUCUCAUCGACUCCGGACGAUCUUUCAUUUCUGAGGGUUUCUUCGCCGCAAGACGAUCCGUUGGAAGAGGAAUUUCAUGAAAACAUUAUUCGACGGGGUCUUUUUCGCAAGAGGAGUGUUUCCCUCGAGGAUGGUGUUCAAGGUAUUUGCAGUAGUGAGAUUCUGUUUCCUAGAUCUCUUCCCACUUCGCCCACUUCUCCUACUGUAAUUCCAGCGCCUAGUAGAGUCAUUCAGAUAUCUAGGGAGGAAACGUCGAAUCGAAAUUUCCUACGCACUGGAAGAGUUGGAUUGCUGUCUCCAUUUGCAUCGAGUGAUUCACUGGCCAACGAUGGAACCAGAGAUCACAGUGAUGGGAUUUGGAAUGAAUCGCAAGCGACUGUACUUCAGGCGGAUUCUCUGUCUUUAUUAACGCCAUCUUCGAGGAGAAGGCAUCUUUUGCUACUUCAACAUCAACAGCGAUCUUCAAUGGACACCGAGGCUCUUGAUGUUGAGGACGAUCUUGAUCUCUCGCCAUCCAGUCCGCGAAUUCGUCUCGAAGCUGCUACGCCCAUUACCUUGACGCCGAGCAUCGAAGCAUCAGCUUUACUAACCAACGGAAGACCAAAGAGUGGUUCACUAUGGCGAAGUCCUGGUCUAUAUUCGCAAACCCAUUCACAGUCAUCGAGUGAAUUUGGACUGAGUCUUGCGAGAACUGAUUCGGGUGGACGAACUGACGUCUCGGAGACGUCAACAACUGACGACUACAUCACUGCCAAUACGUCGACGGGAACAGGGACCACUGGAACUGGAACAUCAGCGACAACAAGCUCCUGGUCCAGACCACCACUUUUACCCUCUAACGCUGCGCCAUCAGUAGCGUCGACAACCGCCACUGCUGCUGAUGGCAGUUCAUUCGAAAGUGCCAGCUCCAUAUACAGUUUAGCUAGAAGCGAGGCUGUAGUUGAAGAACCAAGUAGUCCACAGCCAAUUAAAGAAGAAAUGUUAGCUGCGGAACAACCACCCUCUCCAACAAGGUCAACUACGAGUAGCAGUUCGGGAAGUUAUGACCUAGAGGACACGGCAGUUGUACAAGAACCCCUUCCCACUGCUUCCUUGAGUGGUCACACCUCUGAAGUCGAAUUAGACCGCGAGGAAGGUCAACGAUCGUCUUCAGGUGGCUAUGCAGAAUCACCACCGGAUCUGCAUAUGUGGACAGAGGAGGAGCGAAGAAAAAGAAGGAAGACCUUCACUCUUGAUUUUCCCGGUGAAAUUGAUUCUGAGCGUGCAACUGAAAUUUUAUUGGAUAAUAUGGACGUGAGUCCAACGCCAAGUCAUCGACACAGAUCGCGUACAAAGCCAUUAUCGACAAAAAGUCCGCAUAGAAAUAAUAAACGAAGGGAUUCACUUCAACAGCAAAUAAUUCGUAGUCCCCAGAAGGAGGAGUGGAGAGAGCAAACUGAGGACGGUGGACAUGGACAAACAUCCGAUGAUUCAAGUUGCAGUCAUCAUUAUCAUCACGUUCAUCAUCACCAUCAUCAUCGGCAUAGAGAGAGUGGCGAUGGCACACAUCAUCGACGAACCAGAGAGAGUCCACGACGUAAAACUGGAAAUUACGUUUCGUCAAGAAGAAGGAGUAAUGAGGAUAAGAAUGCGGCGAUAACGGGUAGUUUACCGAGGAGGAGAUCCCGUGCGUUGGACGAUAUUUGCUCGACAAGAUUGAGUCCUGGACGUUAUCAAAGAAGUCCCGGACAUAAUGGACACACGACAGUCAUUGUCAAAUCACCGAGUCCAGAGGCAAGACUAAAGGCUGUUUCCGCUGAAUCCUUGAGAUCAGUCAGUCCCGGAAGUGAUAGCGUUUUCUACAGUGAGGGAAUUGAUCAACUUUUAGAUACACCACACUGUUAUCAUUGUGGACGUGAGGUUGCGGAAGAUAUUGUCCAACCACCGGCAGGUUUCGCGGAUUCUCCGGACAGUCAUAGAACAACUCCAAAGCACACAACUCCAAGACUUUAUAAAAAAUUCGAUAAAAGAUAUCGUUCGGAGGAUCGGGGCGACAGGAGGCAUCAUAGAAGCACUGGGGGAAGAUCGGACGUGAGGGCAAAAUCAGAAGAACGAGGAGGAAGACCGAGUAGUCGAGGAUCAGUGGAAGAUGGUUUAAAAAGAAGGCUUCAAGCUAGAAGUACAGAUGCGAGUUUGGAAAUUUUAACAGGUCGAGAGGACGAGGGCACUUACAUCGAGCCCUAUACAAGUGGAGAGUGGAUUUAUAUCGGUGAUCUUCAGGAGAGUUUUGCGUGGAAGAGACCCGACAGUAGGGACGACGACGAUUUUCCAGAAUAUUAUGCGAAAGAGCGAAGGAACUCUCAAGAAUCAACUGGAAGUGAAAAGUGCUUCAAAAAAAAGUACGAAGCCGCCACUCGACGAAUGGUCCACAGAAAGACGAGCAUUGAAAUGUACAAGAGAAUCCAACGCAAAAAUUUCGAGAGUGAUAAACGAGUGAUAAUAAAACGCGAGGCUGGCGGUGAAUUUGGCUUUAGAAUUCAUGGAUCAAAACCAGUUGUGGUGUCAGUUAUUGAACCGGACACGCCGGCGGAGAGUUCCGGUUUAGAAAUUGGUGAUAUAAUAAUGACAGUUAAUGGAAGGAAUGUUAUGGACGCAACACAUUCCGAAGUGGUACGAAUGGCCCAUUCAGGAUCCGAUGUUCUCGAACUCGAGGUUGCAACGACUUGUAACGUUUUAGCGCCUCAAAUUGGUAGAAGUGGCACUAAAGAAAGUUCAGUUGAAGCACCAAUUUGCGCGGGAUAUCUAUGGAGGAAAGCUGCCACUUCCAGCAGUCCCGAUAAAUGGGUUCGAAGAUGGUUUGCUCUUCGUCGUGACAACUGCCUUUAUUAUUAUAAGACUGACGCGGAUUCUCAGCCGGUAGGAGCAGUAAUGCUUCUAAAAUACGACGUUGAGCCAACAUUGGAGAAACGAAUGCACAGUUUUGCCAUCAGGAAGAAAGGUGCACCGACGCUACAUUUAGCUGCCGAUAGUGACGAGGCUGCCGCAAGAUGGAGCACCAUUAUUCGUGAAGCAGUCGAAAGAAAUAAUCAAGCUGGUACCUGGCUGGACACAUCCUUGAGGAUGCAACAGAUGCCACCUUGCUCAAUUCAAAGACCUGAUUGCUUCGGUUAUCUCAAUAAAUUACAAAGACACAUUCGAAGAGCGACUGCAUCUUCCGGUUGGUCCCGAAGAUAUUGUGUUCUAAAAGACGCAGCUCUCUAUUUUUAUGACGACGCUAAUGCCGAGCAAGCAUUCGGAGUCGCGUGUCUCCAUGGUUUUCGGGUACACGCAAGUGCUCCAAAUUCUGGUGGUAGAAAACACGCCUUUGAACUUGAACCACCCGAUCCUACCCAGAGGACUUUCACAUUCGCCACCGAAUCCGAAAUCGACAAAAAGAGGUGGCUUGCAGCGAUAGAAUACUCUAUUGACAGAUGGAUUAAAGUAGGUUGACUGCAUUCAGUUUAAAUUAAAAAAAAAAGACGAAAACUACGAAAUCCCCGUCCCCGAAUUCAUUUUCGGUAUUCGGAGCAGGACAAUUAGCCAAAAAGAAAAAAAUACUACGAAAAUAUCGUUAGCAAAAAUAAAAAACAUUUUAUCCACAAUGAUAAAUUGUUCAAUACCGAAUGACGCAAAUAUUCGAAUUUACGAGAGAGAGAAAGUCAUGUCACAAUUUUUUUAACUUUUUUAAAUAACAAAUUAAAUUAUUUGACGAAAAUAUUUUUUUAUUUUCAAAAGAGAUAGAUAAUUUUUUUUUUCCCCUAUAAAUAAAAAUUUUUUUCCAUGGAAAAAAAAAUGUUUUUCUAAAAAAAUGUUUUUUUCAAAAAAUUUUUUCUCAAAAGUAUAGUAAAAAUAUUUUUUGUAACUUACCACACACACAUGACUUAAGCUCAAAAAUAAAAAAAUCUAAAAAAAAAGGUUCUAAAAAUAUGAUUAUAUAUUGUGAUAUCUAAUUUUUCGAAAAACAGAAAAAGAAUGUUAAUUUUUUGGAAAAUAUUGACAAAUUUUUUGUCCCUUCCCCCCACUCUCGACCUCUUCUAUUGUUUUUGCUCUAAAUCCGGUGUCAACGUCCCCUAACCGUCCCGGGAAAAAAAACGACGAUUGAAAAUUGUUAUUUAUUACAAUUAUCACUGUUAAAAAAUAUGUACUUUAUUUUUAUUGAUGACGAAUGAAAAAAAAAUAUUCAAUUAUUAUUGUUACUAUCAAAUUUUAUUGUACUAUAUAAUUAAUAAUUAUUUACUAGUACAAUUGUGUACUUAUGAAAUUGAAUAAUAUGACAUUGUGGAAGAUUUUAAUUUUCACGAACGAAUUUUUAUUACGAAUAGUAGAAAAUAAAAUUUUACUACCGAACGUAAUAUUGCGCAGUAGUUUUAAAUAUUAAAUUAAAUUAUAAAACGCGUGUUAAAAAAUUAUUUUCCCCUGAAUUUUCAAUUUUGAAAGUUAAUUAACAUUAUCCACAAUGAAAAAAAAGCGCAUUACAAACGGGUUAUUAAAUUAUUUAUUAAAAGAAAAAAUGUUUAUUCGUAUUAUUGCUAUAUAUACACUGUUAUGCUUAUAUAUAGUUAUGAUUAUAAUUUCGAGAAAGCGCGUAAACAUAAAAACGAUAUUAACAAAAUUAUAAAUAUAUAUAUAAAUAUUAUAUAAAUAUACACUCACUUAUAUAUGUAUAUAUUUAUUGUAUAGAAAUCCGUAGUUGCGGAUAUUUUGUCGAUGUGUACGAUAUAGUAUUUAUUUACAUGUAAGUACGAAAUUAUGAAACAAAUGUGCAAAAAAGUGACAUUUUAUCGUUAUUAAUUUCUAAAAUAAUAAUAAUUAUUAUUAUAAUAAAAAUAUAAAUAUAAUUGUGGACUGAAAGUUAUAAUUGUGCGUAAAUGUGCAACGAGUGAGAUUUUAAUGUUGUUGUUUUAUUAAAAAAAAAAGAAAAAAAAAAAAAACAGAACAAAUCGUAAAUUUGUAUACCUCGCGAGCACGCCCCUUUGGGGUUUUGCAUUUAAAAAAAAAAUGUUUAUAAAAA